CUCAUUCAGCAGUUGACACGAUCAAACUUUUUUUAUUCUUCUACUACAAUUGAUCUUUGGUGAACCAAAGAUAAAAAAAAUCGGAUUUUUCAUGUUUUGCCCCCUGCACUAUUUUCUUAACUGUUUUUCUUUUUAUUUAAAUUUUUUUAUCGCUCUUCUCUCUCAUCUCUUCUUUGUUAUCUUACUUUCUUUUUUUGUUGUUUAAACUUAUCGAAGAGAAGUUCUCGUGAUAUAAAGCUUACAAGUGACAAGAGAGAAUUUAUUGAUGAUUUAAAAUGAGAAAUGGGAGCGGUUGCUGGAGAAGAGUUAGUUAAAUGGGAGAAGAUGGGUGGAGUUGGCGGUCAUGAAGAGAAGAUUCUGGUGUUAGUGAGGCUUAGGCCUUUGAGUGAGAAGGAAAUUGCCGUGAAUGAAGUAGCAGAUUGGGAAUGCAUCAAUGACACUACCAUCUUGUACCGGAACACUCUCCGGGAAGGUUCCACAUUCCCAAGUGCCUACACCUUUGAUAGAGUAUUUCGGGGUGACUGUUCGACAAAGCAGGUAUAUGAGGAAGGGGCCAAAGAAAUUGCUCUGUCAGUUGUUGGCGGAAUCAACUCAAGUAUUUUUGCAUAUGGGCAAACGAGCAGUGGAAAGACAUACACGAUGGUUGGAAUAACUGAAUAUGCUGUAGCAGAUAUUUUUGACUAUAUCAAUAAGCAUGAAGAAAGAGCAUUUGUAUUGAAGUUCUCAGCAAUUGAAAUUUAUAACGAAAUUAUUAGGGACCUCCUGAGAACUGAGAACACAUCCCUAAGGCUACGUGAUGAUCCUGAGAGAGGACCUCUAGUAGAGAAACUCACAGAGGAGACUCUACGGGACAGGGUGCAUUUGAAAGAGCUCCUAUCAUUCUGUGAAGCACAGAGACAGGUGGGAGAGACAUACCUCAAUGACAAGAGUUCUCGAUCUCACCAAAUUAUCAGACUGACAAUUGAAAGUUCUGCCAGAGAAUUCAUGGAUAAAAGCAACUCAACCACCCUUGCAGCUAGUGUGAAUUUUGUUGAUUUGGCAGGGAGUGAGCGUGCAUCACAAGCAUUAUCUGCUGGGUCCAGAUUGAAAGAAGGUUGUCAUAUAAACCGAAGUUUACUCACUCUUGGGACGGUCAUUCGUAAACUUAGUAAGGGAAGACAAGGACACAUCAAUUACAGAGAUUCUAAGUUGACACGCAUACUGCAGCCUUUCUUAGGUGGCAAUUCUAGAACAGCCAUCAUUUGCACCCUGAGCCCUACACGGAGCCAUGUUGAGCAAACUAGAAACACCCUUCUCUUUGCUUGUUGCGCAAAACAAGUGACCACUAAAGCACAGGUUAAUGUAGUGAUGUCUGAUAAGGCAUUGGUCAAGCAACUGCAAAAAGAGGUAACCAGAUUAGAGAGCGAGUUGAGAAAUCCUGGUCUUCCUGCCACCAAUUGUGAUUAUGCAGCAGUGUUGCGAAAGAAAAAUCUCCAGAUAGAAAAGAUGGAGAGGGAGAUUCGGGAGCUAGUGAAACAACGUGAUCUUGCUCAAUCUAGGGUUGAGGAUUUGCUGCGUAUGGUGGGAAAUGAUCAGAAAUCUAGAAAAGAAAUGACGGACACCUGGGAAGAUGAUGAUUCAAUAUCAGAGUCAUCAAGCAUCUAUCGUUCUGAUUUACGCAUUACAGAAUUCAACAAUCCUAACUAUAACAAUGAAGACAGUGAAAGUAGUCCUGAUAGUAAGUUGUUUCCUCCCUUUGCCAAUAAAAACCCUGAUGAAUACUGCAAAGAAGUUCAAAGUCUUGAAUUGGAGGAAUCAAGUAGAGAUGACUUGGAAUAUCCUGAUCCACCAGUAAGUGAAAAUGGGGUGUUGGCAUUACCAUGGUAUGGAGAGGAAAAUGUAACAAUUCAGGAAAUACCGACCCCUGUGAAUGAAGAUAGGGAAGAGAGACAGAUCCAAGACAAUGCAACAAGUAGUGUGCUGGAGCAGAGACUGGAUGAUGCACAAUUGAGUAAUGAUUCUCCACUGGCUAGCUCAGCAACAGUGUUAAAUUGUAGGAAUCUUAAAUUAACAAGGAGCUGGAGUUGCAGGGAAUAUUACACUCCUGAUAAAACAGAAGAAAUGGAGCGGACUCCGCUGAAUAGUUUUGAAAAAUUCUUCCCUGGGAGACCAGAUGGAUUGCAGAGAAAAUUCCUUCCAUUAACUUAUGAUGCUUCCACAAAAUUGUCAACUAAUGGUUCACCGUCUUCUAUUGGAAGUCCCUCUAUGGAUGAGUUAAGAACCAACAACUCCAGAACAUAUGCUAACGAGGAUAUUACUAGUGUCCAAACUUUUGUAGCUGGGAUGAAGGAAAUGGUCAAACUUGAGUAUGAGAAGCAGCUUGUUGAUGAUCAGGAUCAUCAGGCAGAGACAACAUAUUUUAGAUUUGAGAAGAAUAUGAAAGAUGCUGGUGUAGAUUCAAUGUUAGAGGUACCUGGAUCUCCAGUAGAAUGGUCUAUGCAAUUCAAGCUUCAGCAAAGAGAGAUAGUGGAGCUGUGGCAAACCUGCAAUGUAUCCCUGUUCCACAGGACCUACUUCUUCCUUUUGUUCAGGGGUGAUCCAACAGACUCCAUUUACAUGGAGGUGGAGCACAGAAGAUUAUCUUUCCUCAAAGAAACAUUUGCCGGAGGAAAUCAGUCGUUGAACGACGAUCAGACAGUAACAUUAGCUUCAAGUGCGAAAGGUGUUCGGCACGAGAGAGACAUGCUGGUGAAGCUCAUGCAGAGAAGGCUAUCCGAGGAAGAGAGGAAGAAUCUCUUCAGAAAAUGGAGCAUUGCGUUGGAUUCAAAGCGCAGGAGGAAGCAGCUGGCGAAUCGCUUAUGGAGCAACGCUGAUAUGAACCAUGUUGCGGAGAGUGCUGCGGUUGUUGCAAAGUUAGUGAGGUUUACUGGGCAGGGUAGCCCUCAAGGAGAUGUUUGGCCUUAGCUUCACACCACAACGCAUGUCAUAUUCCUGGAGAAGUACCAGGGUCUCUCUAUUUUAGGCCUUUGUUCAUGUACACCAAAUUUAUUUUUUUAUUUAUUAUGUAAUUCACUGCUUUCGUCAAUGCAAAUGGAACCACUGCUUUUCUCAUUUUGGUGUAAACGAAUAUAAGUAUAUUACCUAAUGCCUUAUACCUGUGAA